AACCCGCGUCAGUCAACAACUCAUUUGGAGUCUUCCUUGCUUUAUAAUUUGUUGUAGCCCUGAAGAGGAGCACGUAACACAGCUAUAGCCCACGAUCAGAAUUUUCGCCUUUGAACAUUCAUCAAAUCCCUUUUCCAUAGAAGCAGUGCCUCAGAAGAUAUCGUAUCUAGAAAUAUGUCGGCUCCCGGGCGAGCGGGGCAUUCGCCGGAGAUGGUAGAGUACUCUGGCGCGAUGAAUCUGGACGAGACGGAACUCACCCUGGGCUUGCCUGGCGGAGAGAGCCGGGGAAAGUCGGGGACGAAGCGGGGGUUUCCCGACACCAUAGAUCUCAGCAUCGGAGCAAAAAGAAGAUCACUGACUGGUGGUGGUGAAGCUGCUAAAGAUCCUGAUAUUGCAGUGGCUGAGAGGCGGGAGGAUGAAGUUUCCGGCACAAUUUCCUCCAAGCCACCGGCAACGAAGACGCAAGUGGUCGGAUGGCCGCCGGUAAGAUCGUUCAGGAAGAAUGUUAUGACUAAAAGUUGCAAGUUCGUGAAGGUUGCGGUUGACGGGGCUCCUUACCUGAGGAAGGUGGAUCUGGAAAUGUAUAGCAGCUAUCAACAACUCCUUGCUGCACUCGAGGGCAUGUUCUCUUGCUUCACGAUCCGGAAGUAUUUGAAAGAGAGGAAGCUCAUGGAUCCAGCAAAUGGAGGAGAGUAUGUGCCGACCUACGAGGACAAGGAUGGAGACUGGAUGCUUGUUGGUGAUGUGCCAUGGAAGAUGUUUGUCGAAUCCUGCAAGCGACUUCGCCUGAUGAAAGGCUCGGAGGCAGUCGGACUAGCUCCGAGGGCUUCGGCUUCUACAUGCACGAGUUCGAGUUCCUGAUCAGAGAAAAUUGCAGGCUUCGGCAUAUACUUUAUUAAGCAGAAUUAUAUUUUGAUGUACAGAGAAAGAGAGAGAGAGGCUGCAGGCUUUUGAUUACUACCAGAUCAUGAGCACAUAUACAUGUUUAGGCUUCUUUGUACCUUUUCUCAAGCUUGUGUUCAAUGAAUUUUUUAACUUAGGUGAAAGUUCUACCACAAAUAAGAGACAGAGGGCAAGAGGGAUCAGAUGAUGAUCCGUCCUUGUCCCUUUGUCUGAAUAUUAAUUAUGCUCUGCAAUGCAAGCAUAUAUAUAUAUAUAUAUAUAGACAUGUUGCAGCUUGGCCA